UCGCCGCCAUUCUUCCUGAUCAUCGAUUGGUCUCAUUUUCCCAUUCUUAUUUUUAUUUUUUUAUCGCUCCGACUAUCUCAAGGUUGGCAGAUCGCUGCCUCCGAUUCCACCAUGUUUGACCAGACAAAAGACCAAGCGUUUAUCACCUCUGCUGUUGAACUCAUUCAGCAACCUACACCACCGUCCUCUACCUCGUCUUCUUCAACACUUGCAUGGUCUCCUAAUAUGUCUCUAGCGAAAUUGGACCACCCAGCCGACUCAGCAACAGAAUCAAUGGUAGUAUCAACAAUGGACGGAAUAUCAGUUACGCCUUCGACGCCACUCUCCACACCAACAACACUUUCACCCUCACUGCCAACGACCAUGCCUGACUCAAGUGGGGACCUACUCUCUUACCGUAGUAAAGGUGUUGUUACUGCAGUGGCGGUCCCAGUGAGUAACCCCUCGCCUAAGCAAGAUGCCUUUAUCGAUUCAAGUCAUGGCUCGGCCUCCUCGCCAGCAUUGUCUGUCAACGAUAACAGAGGGGAGAGGAUGGAGCUGGUAAUUGACCCCAGUAGCUCUCUCUCCCCAUCAGAAACGGUCUUUCGUAAUAGAGUUGAAGGUCAAAAAAACCGGUUCACGUUCUUGGACGUGCACAAUGCUGCACUUGAGAAGGUGUUUGAAUUACAUCCAUAUCCUUCCAAGGCUAUCAAGAGUCAGCUCUCUGAGCAUGUUGGCUGUACUGAAGUUCAGGUGCAAAAUUGGUUUGCCCGCCGCAGAACGCGAGCAGCACAGGAGCUGCAAGAAAAAAAGGAGAAGCAAGCAAUGCUCGAAAAACUUGACAAGUCUUUAAAUUCUGUAUCAGAUAUCGCCUCUGAAGCCCCUAUAGAACAACGACCUGCUCCAAGUCCUCAUAUUGGCCUGAACAAAGAAGAGAAGGAAUCGAUCGAGGCAAUAAUAGGAGCCGCAUUGUUUAAUAAGCUGACAGGCGCUGCGACUAAGAUUGAGUCGAAAGUCGGAGCAGAUAUUAAAGCUGAGUCGCGUGCAGGAUCGGUGACAGGACCUCUCUCGGUAACUAUUGGAGAUACGAAAGCGUUGUUAAUCGUAAAUGUGGUUUUAAUACUAACAUCUUUAUUCUUGGGAAAUCGGGUCUUACUAGUCGUCUGAAGUCGGGCUUAUGAUCUCACGUAUCACGCGUGGCAAUUCGUUUGUCAAGACUGAGGACAUUAAAACAGCAGUUGAGCUUAUGGAUGCAGCAUCGGAUUAUGAAGGGCGCAAAUACAUCAUGAAUGCACUGCUCUUCACCAAGGCACAGCCAGUACUCCAAAAAUUCGUGCAAUUGAAGGGACCCAAUAUACUCCGCAU